AUGUCCAGUGCUGAAAAUGGUGUUGGCCAAAACUUUCUUUCUCGAUUAGUUUCGAAUAGAAAUUCCAAGAAGGACGGCAGCGCUUCAUCGUGGAGAAGUGAAACGAUGGUUCUAUUGGAAAUGACCAUGCAGAGAGAAGUUGCUCACAGAAGUGUGGAACGGUUAGGUCAAUUAGGAUUGGUUGAGUUUAAAGAUUUGUCAUCUCAUUUAAAUGGGUUUCAGAGACAUUAUGCUAAUGAAGUGAAGAGAUGUGAGGACUUGGAGAGAAUUAUUAGAUUCUUUGAGCAAGAGAUGGAAAAGUCAAAUGUCAAAUUUGUUGAGGAAAGUGACAAGAUGAAUGGUGAUGUAAAUGAGUUGCAAGAAGGUUCAGUUAAUUUGUUGGAUAGAUAUGAAAGAGAAUUUGUCAAAUUGGAAGCAGAAUUGAGAAAUCUGUCAGAUGGCAUUGAACAAUUAGUUUCUCAAAAGAGUAAGGCCGAGGAAUUCCUGCAAGUAAUUGAAUUGGCAGGUAAUUUGGAUGGUGAGGCAAGUGAAGAAUCUCAAUCAGGUGCCUCUAGCUCAAUGUUGAACAGAGAAAGUCAAAUGUCAUCUCUUGGUUGUCUGACAGGAGUUAUUCCAAGUGAGAAAGUGUCUGCUUUUAACAUGCUUAUCUAUCGUAGCACUCGUGGAAAUGCCAUUCCAAAACUUUAUGAAAUUUCUUCUCCAAUUUACGAUUCCAAAUUAGGUAAAACUGUAUCCAAACUUGUUUUUACAGUUUUCUUUGGAUCUUCAACAGCAAAGGAGAAGAUUAAAAAGAUAUGUGAAGCAAUGGGUGCAACCAUCUAUGAUAUUCCAAGUGAUGAAACUCCAGGAGAAUCUUCCAAAAAAGUUAAUCAGCAAGUUCGCGAACUUGAAAUGACAAUUGAGAAUUCCAAAAGUCGUUUGUUGGACUUAUUGAGUGAAAUUGCAAGUAACAUGAGUGAAUGGAAUAACAAUGUAUUCAGAGAGAAGGCAAUCUAUCACACUCUCAACAUGUUCAAUUACGAUAUUCGAAACUCAGUUGUAGCUCUUGGUUGGGUUGCUGAGAGACAUGUCGAAACGGUCAGAAGGGAAAUGGAACAAGCCAUGUUUGAAAUGCACGUUGAAAUUCCAACCCUAGUCGAUAUUAUUCACACAGACGAAACUCCACCAACUUUUUUCGAAACUAACAAGUUUACUGAAGUUUUCCAACAAAUUGUCAACUCGUAUGGUAUUCCAAAUUAUAAGGAGAUGAAUCCAGCUGUGGCUUCUGUUAUUUUCUUUCCUUUUCUCUUCUCUGUCAUGUUUGGAGAUUUUGGUCAUGGACUCUUGCUUUCCAUUUUUAGUUUCUGCAUGAUUAUAUUCGAAAGAAGACUAAAGCCAAUUGCUGAGAAUAAUGAAUUGCUUGCCAUGAUUUUCCAGGGCAGAUACAUCCUCAUCCUGAUGGGACUCUUCUCCAUUUACACUGGUUUCUUAUACAAUGAUGGUUUUGGUCUCUCAGUUGACCUCUUCCCAACUGCUUUCAAUUUUGAUCAAAAUGGAAUUGGACACAAAGACGAAUCUAGAACUUAUCCUUUCGGUAUCGAUCCUGGUUGGUUCCACACCUCAAACAAACUCUUAUUUUACAACUCCUUAAAGAUGAAAAUGGCAAUUAUCUUUGGCGUUGGACACAUGACAGCAGGAUUACUCUUCUCCCUUGUUAACAUGAUUCAAUUUGGUCAUUUUCUUGAUAUUUUCCUUGAAUUCAUUCCAGAAUUGUUAAUUUUAUGGUGUACUUUCGGAUACAUGUCAAUUAUGAUUGUUUACAAGUGGUGUGUAAAUUGGGGAGACGAAACUCAUGUAAAUAUUGAAAUUCCACAACUUUUACCAACAAUGACUGAUUUCUUUUUGAGUCCUUGGAAGAUGUCUCAACCUCCAUUGUUUUAUUUUGGUGGAAGUGUGGAGGAAGCUCAGAAAAAGCAAACUUAUGCUCAAUUGACUUUAUUGUUGAUUGCUGUCAUUUCAGUUCCAAUCUUGUUGAUUCCAAAACCAGUGAUUGAAUAUUACAAACAAAAGAGAAAGUUGAAAAAGGUAUUGGAAAGUGAACCAGUGCUUUCGAAUAGUGAAGAAGAAUCUCAUGAAAUCAAACUAGACGAAACAAAAGUAACCAACCACGCAGAAAUUGAACCCUUCUCUGAAUUAUUCAUCAAACAACUCAUCCACACAAUCGAAUACGUUCUCAACACUGUCUCCAACACUGCUUCCUAUCUUAGAUUGUGGGCUCUUUCCCUAGCUCACGCUCAAUUAUCUGAAGUUUUUUGGCAAAUGACAUUGGGUAUUCUCUUAAAUAGUUUAGAAUCGUAUCCGUUAUUGGAAGACAUCCUAGUUCAUUAUGGUAUUGGAGUUUUCUUCUUGUGUGCCUUGUGGUUUGGCAUGACUAUUGGAGUUUUACUAAUUAUGGAAUCAUUGUCUGCCUUCUUGCAUGCCAUUAGAUUGACCUGGAUUGAAUUCCAAGGUAAAUUCUUUGGAGGAACAGGAUCAUUGUUUCAACCAUUUAGUUUUGAAACAUUUGGAAAAACUGAAUAA